ACUUUGGUCAAUACCAAUGUGUAAAAGCAUCUGAAAUGAGAUAUAUUGAGGCAUAUCUUGUUUAUUAAGUCAGUAUGACGUUAAUUGAGAAGGAUGUUUAAGGGUCCUAGAGAUUUAAAUCAUGUUGACCUGACCAAAUUUUCAGGACACAAGGAUGAGGUUAACUGUGUGGCGUUUUCUCCAGAUUUCCAGUUUGUGGUAACAGGAAGUGAUGACCAGCGGGUCCGAGUUUUUAAUUGUAAGACAGGGGAGAUGGUGUGUAAACUCAAAGGACAUACAGGUGCAAUAAAGAGUGUAGCAGUUGGCCCAGACAGUAAAUAUUUUGCCAGUGGAUCUUAUGAUAAAAGUUUAAGACUAUGGCGGACCAGAGAUGCAGAGUUAAUACAUGAAUUAUUAGGUCACUCUAAGAGUGUUGAGGUUGUGGUUUUCUCCCCUGAUGGUGAACACUUGGCCUCGGGCUCCUGGGAUAGAACGGCUAUUCUUUGGGAUAAAGAGAGAGGUGUUCCAAUCAGAAUAUUUACUGGACAUGAUGGUUUGGUACAGUCAGUAACCUUCUCCCCUGAUGGACGGUGGCUAGCCACUGGAUCCUGGGACUUUACUGUCCGACUAUGGACACUGAACAGUCCGGACGGUUUGGACAAAGUGACGGUGUUAGAGGGGCACAAAGGGAACAUCCAUUCAGUAGUGUUCUCCAAAGACGGAAUGCUGGCUUCCGGUUCCUGGGAUAAGACAGUCCGUUUAUGGAAUCCCCGGAAUGGACAGCCUAUUCAUGUCCUGAAGGGACAUGAGGGUUGGGUCCAGGCUCUGGCUUUCUCCCCAGAUGGAAUCUAUGUGGCCAGUGCCAGUGACGACGAGUCGGUCCGAAUAUGGGACGUGGCUGAGGGUUCCUGUAUUAGUGUACUAGAGGGAAAGACAGACAUAGCACAGCACUGUGCUUUCACGCCAGGUGGCGCUCUGAUCGCAUCUGGGGCCUGGGGAGCGACUCUGAAUUUCACCUAAACAUGAAUGUUUUUUAUGAGACUUGUUAAAAGAAAUUCUGGUCAAAUAUAUUCAUGUAAAGAUGCUUUUAGCUCACCUUAGCAAGGGGCUAAUAAGAUUUUCUGAUUGAAUUUUGUUUUUCCUGUAUCUGCUUGUUAUGAGAUCUUCACAUAUACUCAACACUUAGUGACAAAAGUCUGUCUCUUAAACUGAAAUGUAGCUGUCAUAAUUAUUGUACACUGUAUUACAAAUCAAUCGAAACUUGGACGUUUGACAGGCAUCGACAUUCUUAUACGUAAAUCUCACCAUACUGUCUAGCAUUGAUGGAUACUGUAAUUCACACAAGUCCAAAUGACAUAUACAUGUGUAAGGAAAGCGAGUAAAUUUUACUUGGUUUAAUCUGUUCAGACAAAUGUUUUCAAUGGGAUUUAGACUUUGUCGACAAUACCAAAAAGCCCAAAGUAUCUUGAAAUUUCCUCAAGUCCAGGCCCCAAGACUAUAAACUGAGAACAGACUUUUAAAGUUAAAAUUUUAAAUCCAAAUAACUUUGGAAAUAAUUUUGAUAACAGAACAAAAUUUUUAUCAUAUGUUUAUACUGGAAUAUUAUACUAACCUGCAAAAUUUUAAGUAUGUAUUUUAAAUAAAACUCAAGAUAUUCAAAAUCAAAAUUUUGACUUAAGUCUGUUCUCAGUUUAUGGUCUCAAAGCCUGGGUGAUUUGAAUUGUUUAUUGAGAUUGCUUCUUUUGGUGAUCAGAAACAAUUUGUAUUCCAUUAUAUGGCCACAGUGCUCAUCAUUGACCGAAAUAUAUCAACUUAUAACCAAGAACGACUGCAUAUCAAGUCAAAAUAUGUAGAACGACUUUUUUCUAUAGUUCCCUAGAACUAUUUUACAUGAGGUAAAUUGAAAUCCUUUAUGGCCAGUGAAUAGAGAAAAUCAACUUCACCAAAAUAGCUCUGGACAUAGGAGACACUGAAUUAUACUUGUCAUAGAUCUCUACCUUCACCUACCAUUGAAGGAGAAUAUGUUCACAGAUUAGAUAACGCAGCCGGUGUAUCUGGCAUAUUUCAGGUGAGCAUUGUAGUACAUGAACCUAUUAUUUACAUCUCAUAUAUGCAUUUUAUCAUGCCUUUAUUUUUUGUCCUUUUUGCAUUUCUUGUAAGGGAUUGAAGAGUAUAUAUUUUAAAUAAAAUGUGUAAGUUAA